GGGGCGACAGUGAAAGAUUAGCGUGAUAGUGCUCCCUUAAAUACCGGGCACCGACUGAUCAAAGCGUCCCAUUCAUAGCAGAUCCUCCGCCAGUGCAGCUAUCUGGUACGCGCUACCGUCCCCAAACCUAACCGGUGACAUGGCAAACGCUUACCUGCAAGGAGUGGAGAUCUCCGCAUCACAGUUCCUGGAUAUUUUUCACCAUUAUGAUAACGAUGGUAAUUUAUUCCUUAAGAUUGUGGAUUAUUAAUGGGGAUGGCACUGAAGUAAAACGAUUUUGGGGAAGUUUUGCGCCAAAGACCUGCAUGGACCAUUUGCGCUUUUCGAAAAUAUGUAGUAGCCUAUAUUAAAUUAAAAAGUCGAUUUGGCUGUCAAGACUGAUCUUUUCGGGACAUUUGUUCUCUCAACUUUAUCCAUUGACAAUUGGAUUGACAAAUAAUGUAUUUAAAACCAUUAACUACCCUUUUGUCUAACCAUUAGGCUAUUGCGAAAUUAUCAAUAUUUACAAAACUAUAAAUUACUGGAAAAUAUUCUUAUAAUAUUGGGAUAGGUUUAGGCACUAAAAAUGGAAGUUGUGCAUUUUUUCAAAGUAUGAUUCAGUCAUACAGCUGUCAUGAAACGGCAAAUGAUGGAUUUGAUCCUGUGCAUAAUGUUCUUACACUUAAUGUAGGCUACUUUACACAUUUCUUUGAUUGAUUUGGUGCUUACUUCUUGCAGGUAAUGGAUAUAUUGAAGGGAAGGAGUUGCAGAGUUUUAUAAAAGAACUUCAGCAAGCUCGAAAACAGGCAGGACUUGUAAGUAAACUUAAUUAUUUAAACUUAUUUUAAACUUUUUAAACUUUAAAACUAGAAUUUUGAAUGAGAAGUUAUGCAUAAUGAUCAAUGUAUUGGCAGUAGGCCUGACAACUAAUUGUCUUCUCAAACUGAACUGUACUUAGUUUUUAAAUGCUUUAGGUGAAUUCACUGUCAGCAUGCAGUCAAAGCGUACUAACCUCUUUUGGAGCUAACUAGUGCUCUCAAAUUGUAUCCUGAUGUCGACAGCAGAUUGGAGUUGUAUUAAUAACAUGGCUAACUUAGCUAGCUAACAUACAUUUUGAGAAAACAAGUUAUAUUUAGUGGCAAGCUAGCUAGCAUUAGCAACGUUUGGUGGUCAAUGAGCCUGAGAAAUAGCUAACCAGAUGAACUAACAAACAAUGUAACAAAAGUAUAAUUUUGGAUUCUAAAAAUACUCCAUCAACAGGCUCUGCAAUCACAGCAAGUACCCCUGGUGCACUAUUCCAGUAUUUUGCCAUUUAAAACAUGUAUUUUAAAAGAAAACUCAGGUUUGCCCUCACUGGCCUUUAUGUGUUUCAAACAUUUUACAUUUUAGUCAUUUAGCAGACUUGAGCUUCUCCGAGGUGUAGUACUUGAGCGCUGCGAUUAGUUGCUCAGAAUUCUGGGGCGGGGCUUAGCGAAGGGUCAAUUGACAUUGAUUGAUACAGUAUGACUAGUUAUGAGGUGUCAAGUACAUGUCUGGUCUACCAAUGUUCCAUAUGUCUUUCCAUGCCUAAACGACUUAUGGAACAACCCCAUAUUCCUGUUGCGUCAGAUUGAUGGGUUGAUGGAUGUAUUUCCCACGUUUCCAUCUUGCUCAACUGUCAGCCCCAAUGGGAAAGAGCAGUUUUAGGAAAUUCUGUUUUCCAUUCUGACCUUGUUAUUUGACACUGGUAUGUUUAUUUGUGUCUCAACUCAGCGUUUUGGGGUCUGAAUUGGAUUGAGUCACCCAUUCCUCAGUGUCAAACAGCAUUGCACUUUCCUACUUUGCAUUUUGGAAAGGUUAAACACUUAUUUCCCAUUCUGUGUACAAGCAAUUAGCCAAGCCUCUGUAAAACAAGCCAUUUGGCACUCAAUCCCAGAUUUUUAAACAGGAGUAAUUGCUCAAGGUUUGCCAGACACUGAAAAACACCUUUUGAUUUACACUAUAGGGAGAGAGCAUGUUGGGGAGUUGAUUAUGGAAAAUCGCGGCAUUUACCAUCAAUUUAAGUGUCCAUUUACAACUGCCCAAUCAAUGGUCAGUGAGAAAACACCAUUGGAGUGCAAUUUGAAGUAGGACUGGAGUUAUUAGCAUAUCUGACACCACCUUAUGCAGAGAGAUGCAUCUUCCUUUCAUACAACAUAAUCAAGACCUAUGUUAGAAUAUUGCCUACUUUCUACAUGUUGCAACGUAUUGCCUACUUUCUACGUGUACACUUUGUUCUCCAGUGAGUGUGCAAGGUGGUCUUCUUCCCUAGAUGUAUCCUCUUGGGCCAGCUUCUCUGAAAGGAAAAUUAUGAAAUGAUAAUGGUCAUAUAUUUGGAACAUAUUUGGUGGUGUGACACUGGGAUUUACAGAUUUUUUAAUUUUUUUGGACAUCAUCUCAGGAUAUGGUUCACAUUGUUCUUGAAGCAAUGCAUUGCUUUUAUUGAUUGUUUUGGAGAUUAAAUGCUAAUGUAAUAAUCUACCUAAUUUGAGUCCUACUGUGUUAACAGUGCAUUCAAAAAGUAUUCAGACCCCUUGACUUUUUCACAUUUUGUUACGUUACAGCCUUUUUUUUAUCCUCAUCAAUCUACACACAAUACCACAUAAUGACAAAGCGAAAACAGGAUUUUAGACAUUUUUGUAAAUGUAUUAAAACAAAAAAACAGAAAUACCUUAUUUACAUAAGUAUUCAGACCCUUUGCUAUGAGACCCGAAAUUGAGCUCAGGUGCAUCCUGUUUCAAUUGAUCAUCCAUGAGAUUUUUCUACAACUUGAUUGGAUUCCACCUGUGGUAAAUUCAAUUGAUUUGACAUGAUUUGGAAAGGAACACACCUGUCUAUAUAACUUGCACAGUUGACAGUGCAUGUCAGAGCAAAAAACAAGCCAUGAGGUCGAAGGAAUUGUCCGUAGAGCUCCGAGACAGGAUUGUGUCGAGGCACAGAUCUGGGGAAGGGUACCAAAAACAUUCUGGAGCAUUGAAGGUUCCCAAGAGCACAAUGGCCUCCAUCAUUCUUAAAUGGAAGAAGUUUGGAACCACCAAGACUCUUCCUAGAGCUGGCCGCCCGGCCAAACUGAGCAAUCGAGGGAGAAGGGCCUUGGUCAGGGAGGUGACCAAGAACCCGAUGGUCACUCUGACAGAGCUCCAGAGUUCCUCUGUGGAGAUCAUGGGAGAGCCUUCCAGAAGGACAACCAUCUCUGCAGCACUCCACCAAUCAGGCCUUUAUGGUAGAGUGGCAAGACGGAAGCCACUUCUCAGUAAAAAGCACAUGACAUCCCGCUUGGAGUUUGCCAAAAGGCACCUAAAGGACUAUCAGACCAUGAGAAACAAGAUUUUCUGGUCUGAUGAAACCAAGAUUUAACUCUUUGGCCUGAAUGCCAAGCGUCACAUCUGGAGGAAACCUGGCACCAUCUCUACGGUGAAGCAUGGUGGUGGCAGCAUCAUGCUGUGUGGAUGUUUUUCAGCGGCAGGGACUGGAAGACUAGUCAGGAUCGAGGGAAAGAUGAACGGAGCAAAGUACAGAGAGAUCCUUGAUGAAAACCUGCUCCAGAGCGCUCAGGACCUCAGACUGGGAUGAAGGUUCACCUUCCAACAGGACAACAACCCUAAGCACACAGCUAAGACAAUGCAGGAGUGGCAUGCAAUAAAGUCCACUUCAACAGGCUUACCUCAAGGCCAUUUAGCAGUGCUACACAUCAUACAGUAUCUACAGUAUCACAUUGUCACAUGUAACACUUCCCAGUCCCAACAUAGACAACCUCAAAUGGCUGCCUUUAAAGCCCAGUGUGUAGUCAAAAAUGUGAUUUUCCUGUUUUAUAUAUACAGUGCAUUCAUAAAGUAUUCAGACCCCUUGACUUUUUCCACAUUUUGUUACGUUACAGCCUUAUUCUAAAAUUGAUUCAAUUGAUUUUUACCCUCAUCAAUCUACACACAAUACCCCAUAAUGACAAAGCAAAAACAACUUUUUAGAAAUUUUUGCAAAUUUAUAAGCACCUUUGGCAGCGAUUACAGCCUCAAGUCUUCUUGGGUAUGACGCUACAACUUGGCACACCUGUAUUUGGGGAGUUUCUCCCAUUCUUCUCUGCAGAUCCUCUCAAGCUCUGUCAGGUUGGAUGGGGAGCAUCGCUGCGCAGCUAUUUUCAGGUCUCUCCAGAGAUGUUCGAUUGUGUUCAAGUCCGGGUUCUGGCUGGGCCACUCAAGGACCUUCAGAGACUUGUCCCGAAGCCACUCCUGCGUUGUCUUGUAUGUGUGCUUAGGGUCGUUGUCCUGUUGGAAGGUGAACCUUUGCCCCAGUCUGAGGUCCUGAGCGCUCAGGAGCAGGUUUUCAUCAAGGAUCUCUCAGUACUUUGCUCCGUUUAUCUUUCCCUCAAUCCUUACUAGUCUCCCAGUCCCUGCCACUGAAAAACAUCCCCACAGCAUGAUGCUGCCACCACCAUGCUUCACCGUAGCUAUGGUGCCAGGUUUCUUCCAGAUGUGACGCUUGACCAAAGCGUUCAAGCUUGGUUUCAUCAGGCCAGAGAAUCUUGUUUCUCAUGGUCUGAGAGCCCUUUAGGUGCCUUUUGGCAAACUCCAAGCGGGCUGUCAUGUGCCUUUUACUGAGAAGUGGUUUCCGUCUGGCCACUCUACCAUAAAGGCCUGAUUGGUGGAGUGCUGCAGAGAUGGUUGUCCUUCUGGAAGGUUCUCCCAUCUCCACAGAGGAACUCUAGAGCUCUGUCAGAGUGACCAUCGAGUUCUAGGUCACCUCCCUGACCAAGGCCCUUCUCCCUCGAUUGCUCAGUUUGGCCUUGCAGACAGUUCUAGGAAGAGUCUUGGUGGUUCCAAACUUCUACCAUUUAAGAAUGAUGGAGGCCACUGUGUUCUUGGGGACCUUAAAUUCUGCAGAAAUGUUUGGGUACCCUUCCCCAGAUCGACACAAUCCUGUCUCGGAGCUCUACGGACAAUUCCUUCAACCUCAUGGCUUGGUUUUUGCUCUGACAUUCACUUUCAACUGUGGGACCUUAUAUAGACAGGUGUGUGCCUUUCCAAAUCAUGUCAAAUCAAUUGAAUUUACCACAGGUGGACUCCAAUCAACUUGUAGAAACAGCUCAAGGAUCAUCAAUGGAAACAGGAUGCACCUGAGCUCAAUUUCGAGUCUCAUAGCAAAGGGAUACUUAUGUAAAUAAGGUAUUUCUGUUUUUUAUUUUUGCUAAAUUUGCCAACAUUUCUAAAAACCUGUUUUUGCUUUGUCAUUAUGGGGUAUUAUGUGUAGAUUGGUGAUGAUUUUGUUUUAUUUAAUCAAUUUUAGAAUAAGGCUGUAAUGUAACAAAAUGUGGAAAAAGUCAAGGGGUCUGAAUACUUUCUGAAUGCACUGUUUCCACACCAUGAGGUUGAAAUAAUACUGUGGAAAUUGCUAAGAAGCUAUUUUUGUUUCUUUUUGACCAUUUUAAUGGAAAACAAUCACAGUAAGCUACUAAAUUGUUACCCAUAAAUGAUUUGAUAUUGACAUAAAAAACGGCUGCAUCUUCUAUUAUAACUUAUUUUUGCUUUCUCUUGAGGCACUUCAUGUUCUUCUAUGAAAGUACCUGACAAUAUCAGUGCCUCGUCAACUCCAUUCAAUUACACUGAACGUGUCAGUGGAGAUCUCUAUCCCCCCCCCCCCAGGCAUUACAUCACUGGCUGGCUGGCUGUGCAGCCAGGUCAACUGUGAUACAAGUCAGUAUUCGACGUCCAUCCAUGUCUGAGGACGUCGGAAGAUGACGUGGAACCGGCCUCUAGGGGCAACAGUGAGAGCUGUUACCUUCAAGUAGGUUUCGGUUUUGCUAGGGCGUUGUGAACGAGGAAUGGCAGAUGGGCAUAGGCAUCUGAUUCGAAAGGUUGAAAGUUUUAAUCCAGCGAUAGAAAGUCGUUUUUGAUAUUGUUGUUUUAAGCCUAUCCCAAACCUUAACCCUUACUUUAACCAUUCAGAGUUAAUGCCUACCCUUAAGAAAUUUGAGUAAAUGCCUGAACUUAACCCUAACCUUAAACAUUCAGAGUUAAUGCCUAAACUUAACCUUAAACACUUUGAAACUUUACUUUUGGAACAACUUCGAAAUUUGCCAUUUGACAAACAUGGAUCAACGUCUAAUUCUGACGUGAAACUUUGAGAGCUGGUUGGGCCCCUCCGUACAUGCAUAAUCAACGCAUCGCGCGGCCAUCUGUAUGUGUGCAGCGACAUGGACUGACCUGUGCCAAAACUCUAUUAGAAUUGUGCUCUGAUGGGUGAAGAUUACAGCACUCGCUCCUAAUCUAAUUCAGAUUGGAUAACAUGGCCGUCUGCUUGGCAUGUUAAAUGGUGUUUGUGAGGACACAAGGUAUACACAGGUCUUUAACCACACCAGGUGCCUACUAAACAGCCUUUCUGGAUAAUUGAGCAGAUUACUGAGCCCUCUCAUGUUAUCAGUGCUUGUAUUUCAAACAACUAAAAGCUUCCCUGCAUAAAACAUAAUUACUUGUUAUAAGGAUGUGUGAAUCCCUAUUUAGUUUCGUUGUUAACUAAUUAUAUGUUUAUAUGUUGAGAUUUGUAUGGAAUUCUCCAAGGCAAAAGCUACUGCAAUUAAUUUACACUGUACAUUUCUCUCUCUCAUAGGAGCUUACAGACCAAAUGAAGGCUUUUGUACAGGAAUAUGAGAAAAAUACGGAUGCCAAAAUUGGAAUUGUUGAGGUGAGAGUCCACAUAUACUCAUGAUGCAGUAUACAUACACAGUAGGUUAAGGCCCACCUAGAAUUUGGGACUUUCAGGGACACCGGGUCUUGAAACACUGCCAGGUUUAGAGGGGGCUUCUCCCUCUGUGAAAGGUGUUAUAAUAUCAUUUUAAAAGACAGUCACUUUAGCCAUGCAGGGUCAAGGGGAUUCAUAUCUCUGCUAUAGAUGGAUACUCUGAAGCUUUAGCUGAAAUACAGGGUCCAGACAGGGUCAUUCAGCUGUACACAAACACACCCACGCACGCAUGCGCGCACACACACACACACACACACACACACACACACACACACACACACACACACACACACACACACACACACACACACACACACACACACACUCACACACACAAUGAUUACACACAAAUAAAUAGAGGAAUCCACAUAAUUUGAAAGUGGAAAUAACAUCUAGUGUAUUUGGAAUACGAGAUUGCCGUUUAGAUUAGAUUCCCCAGCAGGAUGAUGGAUGAACAGGAGUCCUGUUUGAAAACAAAUUUUAGGCAUGGGGUGUUUCAAUGCCUCCGGAUUGGUUAAAUUGCAGCUGUCUGAUGGCUAGUCUAGUCGGGAGUACUCUGAAAGUUUAGGACGGGUCUCAAACCGGAUUUACAAUGCAUUCUCAGCAGCCAGCUGGGUUUGCUCACUUGGCAAAAACUGGUAGAAUCAAUAUUGUUUUCACGUUAUUUCAACAACAAAAAAUGUAUAUGAUGACGUUGAAUCAACGUGGAAAACUGAUUGGAUUUGCAAAAAGUAAUCAAUGUAAGGGAAUUUUGUAUUUUUUUCCACCCAACUUUAACCUAAAUCCAAUGACAUAGUGAAAUGUUUUGUUGAUUUCACGUUGAAUUCACGUUAGUUGACAACUCAACCAAAUGUAAAUCAAAACUAGACGUUUGAAAUGACGUCUGUGCCCAGUGGGUGGUGGACUAAACUGUCACAGGGUGCCGUUCUUUGCCACUGAUCAACUGUUAAAAAUAAAUGGGAUGUUCAACCAAUGUAACCAUGUUUCAGGACAAUACAGUGUGAUCUCUUAUAUCUUUUCCUAUUUUCUCUGUGUCACAGCUAGUACAAAUAUUGCCCACAGAGGAGAACUUCUUGUUAUUUUUCCGGCAACAGUUGAAGUCUUGUGCGGAAUUUAUGCAGGUAUUUUUCUAUUAACCAAGAUGAUCUUUUUAAAAUGUUUUCAAGUGGCUCAUAAAUUACAUAAAUAUAGUUUUUAACUGAUUUAACUAUUCUCUCCUCAUUGAUGAUACAAACCCCUCUUUCACUCAUUGUCUCAUUCCAGGCUUGGCGAUGUUAUGAUGCAGACCAUAGUGGCUACAUUGAAGCAGAUGAGCUGAAGGUGAGCAAUUCCUGCCGGUGUGUGUAGUGCCUCCCAAUUUGUGUCUUGAUGAACUGUCUCACUGUCCUCUCUAUUUCAUUAAGGGGAUAUAGGCUCACAAGGAGCCUCUGGAGGUCAAGGCUCAUCUGGACUGUAACUUGAAAUCACUUUUUUAUUGUAAAUAAUUUUGGUAAUUGAGCAUUUUGUAGGAAUCACGGGGGAUUUUUUAUCUUUCUUAACCCCUAUACCAAAGUUUCAUUCAUAUACGUUGGCUAUAACCUUCCCUAGAGUAGUGUCAAGGAAGUCGUGGAAUGAUUAAGUUGGAUUGAUGUGCACUCAGAGUGAUAAGAAAGGGGGAUCAGAAUUCCAGACGUAUGCUUGAGGGCCUAUGGGUCAGAGGUUAAUGUGGGGUCAGAGAUCAGACAACCUAGAGUAUCUUUCACACCGAGUCGUGCUCAAACUCUUUAUGAACUGAUUCAUGUCUUCACAUUAGUAUGCAUGCCAAUACACACAUGUAUUAUAAUGUAUUUUCAUUAUCUGGAACAAUACAUCAGGUACACAUAGGCACCAAGACCCAUACAUCCACCCCCCUCCACACACAUGCACACCACAACCCUCUUUCAAACCUCAAUAACCUCAAUUAAUAGUUAAAAGACUUUACAGUUAGCUUUGCCCGUCAGUGGUUUGAUAACGAUGACACUGUCAACAGCCAAGCACUUUACUGCAAGACUUAAGAGGUAGUUUGGAAGGUGUAUCAUAGUUAGUUUUUUUUUCUUCAGUAUACAUGAAAUGGAGAAUGAUUUAGAAAACAAAAACCAUUAAAAGAUUUAGUUGUACUCAGUGUCAUACAGUCAGGUCCAAAAUGAUUGGCAUCAUUGAUAAAGAUGAGAAAAAAAAUACUGUAUAAAAUACUGUAUAAAAUAAUACAAAUAUUGAGCUAUACACUAUCUAGAACCUAAAAUAAUUAUUUGGCUGUCCCCAUAGGAUAACCCUUUGAAGAACCCUUUUUUGGUUCCAGGUAGAACCCUUUUGGUUCUAUAUGGAACCCAAAAGAGUUCUACCUGGAACAAAAAAUAAUAGCAAACUCCAGGUGUUAACAUUUGUUUGAUGACAUGAAAAUAUACCUCUUUGGCCACGCACACCAGUGGUGGGUUCGGUGUCGAAAAAAAGAUGAAUAUGCAGAAAAUAUCCCAUACCUACUGUAAAAUAUGCAGGUGGAUCUUUGAUGUUAUGGGGCUAUUUUGCUUCCACUGGUCCUGGGGUCCCUUAUUAAGGUCAAUGUCAUCAUGAACUUUACCCAGUACCAGGACAUUUUAGCCAAAAACCUGGUUUUCUCUGCUAGGAGGCUGAAACUUGGCCACAAGUGGAUCUUCCAGCAAGACAAUAACCCCAAGCACACAUCAAAAUCCACAAAGAAAUAGUUAGUUGACCACAAAAAUCUAAAUUUUCAGUCGCCGGACUUGAACCCUGUUCACAACCUGUGGUUUGAAUUGAAGAGGUCCAUAAGCACAGAUGAAGACUAUCAUGGAUCUGUAUGAAGAAAUGGUCUAAGAUGCCUUCCAAUGUGUUCUCCAAUCCCAUAAAACAUUUUUGAAAAAGAUUCAGUGCCAUUAUCCUCACAAAGUGAGGUAUUGAAAACAGGGGUGCCAAUAAAUUUGACCCCUAUCUUCUUGUGAAAAAAAAUGAUUACUUGUUAAACAAAAUCUUUCUCUGAGCAACUGUAUUAGUAUAAAAUAUAAUUUUUCAGUUUUUGUUGAGCAUAUAAUAUACAGUGCCUUCAGAAAGUAUUCAUACCCCUUGACUUUUCCACAUUUUGUUGUGUUACAGCCUGAAUUCAAAAUUGAUUACAUAGAUUUUUUUUCUCACCCAUCUACACACAACACCCCAUAAUGACAAAGUGAAAACAUGUUUUUAGAAAUGUUAGCUAAUUUAUUGACAAUGAAAUACAGAAAUAUCUAAUUUACAUAAGUAUUCACACCCCUGAGUCAAUACUUUGUAGAAGCACCUUUGGCGGUGAUUACAGCUUUGAGUCGUCUUGGGUAUGUCUGUAUCAGCUUUGCACAUCUGGAUUUGGGGAUUUUCUCCAAUUCUUCCUUGCAGAUUUUGGGGAGUGGUGGCGAACAGCAAUCUUCAAGUCUUUACACAGAUUUUCAAUGGGAUUCAAUGAUCUCAGAGUCUUUCACGUGGCUUUUGGCAAACUCCAAGCGUGCUAUCAUGUGUAUUUUUCUCAGGAAUGGCUUCCAUCUGGCCACUCUACCAUAAAGCCCAGAUUGGUGAAGUGCUGUAGCGACUGUUGUCUUUAUGGCAGGUUCUCCCAUCUCAGCCAAAGAACUCUGUAGUUCUGUCAGAGUGGCCAUUGGGUUCUUGGUCACCUUCCUGACUAAGAUCCUUCUUGCCCGGUUGCUCAGUUUGGUCGGACGGCCGGCUCGAGGCAGAGUCUGGGUAGUUCCAUAUUCUUUCAAUUUCCCAACGAUGGCUGUGACUGUGCUCUUGGAAACUUUCAACACUUUAGAAAUUGUUUUAUACCCUUCCCCAGAUAUAUGCCUCAUCACAAUUCUAUCUCAGAGCUCUACGGACAGUUCCUUGGACUUCAUGGUAUAGUUUCUGCUCUGACAUGCACUGUCAACUGUGCGACCUUUAAUAGACAGGUGUGGUUCUUUCUAAAUCAUGUGCAAACAAUUGAAUUGGCCACAGGUGGACUCCAAUCAAGUUGUAGCGACAUCUCAAGGAUGAUCAAAGGAAAUUGGAUGCACCUGAGCUCAAUUUGGAGUGUCAUAGCAAAGGGUUGUGAAUACUUACACUACCAGUCCAAAGUUUGGACACACCUACUUAUUCAAGGGUUUUUCUUUAUUGUAAAAAAAAGAAAUAACACAUAUGGAAUCAUGUAGUAACCAAAAAAGUGUUAAACAAAUCAAAAUAUAUUUUAUAUUUGAGAUUCUUCAAAUAGCCACCCUUUGCCUUGAUGACAGCUUUGCACACUCUUGGCAUUCUCUCAACCAGCUUCAUGAGGUAGUCACCUGGAAUGCAUUUCAAUUAACAGGUGUGCCUUCUUAAAAGUUAAUUUGGGGAAUUUAUUUCCUUCUUAAUGCAAUUGAGCCAGUCAGUUGUGUUGUGAGAAGGUAGGGGGGGUAUACAGAAGAUAGCCCUAUUUGGGAAAAGACCAAGUCCAUAUUAUGGCAAGAACAGCUCAAAUAAGCAAAGAGUAACGACAGUCCAUCAUUACUUUAAGACAUGAAGGUCAGUCAAUACAGAACAUUUCAAGAACUUUGAAAGUUUCUUCAAGUGCAGUCGCAAAAACCAUCAAGCGCUAUGAUGAAACUGGCUCUCAUGAGGACCGCCACAGGAAUGGAAGACCCAGAGUUACCUCUGCUGCAGAGGAUAAGUUCAUUAGAGUUACCAGCCUCAGAAAUUGCAGUCCCAAAUAAAUGCUUCACAGAGUUCAAGUAACAGACACAUCUCAACAUCAACUGUUCAGAGGGGACUGUGUGAAUCAGGCCUUCAUGGCCGAAUUGCUGCAAAGAAACCACUACUAAAGGACACCAGUAAGAAGAAGAGACCUGCUUGGGCCAAGAAACACGAGCAAUGGACAUUAGACCGGUGGAAAUUUGUCCUUUGGUCUGGAGUUCAAAUUUGAGAUUUUUGGUUCAAACCGCCGUGUCUUUGUGAGACGCGUGUGGGUGAAGGGAUGAUCUCCGCAUGUGUAGUUCCAACUGUAAAGUAUGGAGGUGUUAUGGUGUGAGGGUGCUUUGCUGGUGACAAUGUCUGUGAUUUAUUUAGAAUUCAAGGCACACUUAACCAGCAUGGCUACCACAGCAUUCUGUAGUGAUACGCCAUCCCAUCUGGUUUGGGCUUAGUGGGACUAUCAUUUGUUUUUCAACAGGACAAUGACCCAACACACCUCCAGGCUGUGUAAGGGCUAUUUGACCAAGAAGGAGAGUGAUGGAGUGCUGCAUCAGAUGACCUGGCCUCCACAAUCCCCCGACCUCAACCCAAUUGAGAUGGUUUGGGAUGAGUCGGACGGCAGAGUGAAGGAAAAGCAGCCAACAAGUGCUCAGCAUAUGUGGGAACUCCUUCAAAACUGUUGGAAAAGCAUUCCAGGUGAAUCUGGUUGAGAGAAUGCCAAGAGUGUGCAAAGCUGUCAUCAAGGCAAAGGGUGGCUAUUUGAAAAAUCUCAAAUAUAAAAUGUAUUUUGACUUGUUUAACCCUUUUUUUCUUACUACAUGAUUCCAUAUGUGUUAUUUCAUAGUUUUGAUGUCUUCACUAUUAUUGUACAAUGUAAAAAUAAAGAUAAUCUCUUGAAUGAGUAGGUGUGUCCAAACCUUUGACUGGUACUGUAUGUAAAUGAGAUAUUUGUGUAUUUCAUUUUCAAUAAAUUUGCUAAACUUUCUAAAAACAUGUUUUCACUUUGUCAUUAUGGGGUAUUGUGUUUAGAUGGGUGAGAAACAUUUUUUUUUUCUCCAUUUAAUCAAUUUUGAAUUCAGGCUGUAACACAACAAAAUGUGGAAUAAGUCAAGGGGUAUGAAUACGUUCUGAAGGCACUGUAGCUCAGUAUUUGUAUUAUUUUUAUACAGUAUUUUUUGCUCAUCUUUAUCAAGGGUGCCAAUAUUUUUGGACCUGACUGUACCUCCCGGACAGUAUUGCAUUUAAAAUGUGUCUGCUAUAGCAGGCGUUGUUGUCAAACUGAUCUUUCUGCUUUUGCUUCAUUUCCAGAACUUUUUGAAAGAUCUGCUUCAGAAGGCUAAGAAACCAUAUGACGAAAAGAAGCUAGAUGAGUAUACACAUACCACAGUAAGAAUCUGGUUUAUACUUAUGCAGCUAGCCUCAGCAACAACUUUGAGAACAGUGUAGCUAAAUGGCUACAACAAAUAGCUCCAUACAGUAUAGUCCUUCAUUUUCUGUUUUGUGGAGGUUUAAUUUGUUCAUUUUUCUCUUCCAGCUCAAAAUAUUCGACUCAAACCAUGAUGGGAAGUUGUGUUUGGCAGAAAUGGCGAGGUCUGCUUAUGGAGUUUUGUCCUGUGUGAUAUGAAUGAUAUAUCUGUCUACACAUCGUGCUGUAUAUGACCUGAACACAAUUCUUCCAAUGUGUGUUUUUUUUAACAGGCUGCUACCGGAUGAGGAGAACUUUCUACUCAAGUUUCAGGUUGGUGGUUAUUCCCAGAGUAAAUCCGAGAGGGAAUGUGAAAAUCAGAUUGACCUUCACUCAAUUGUCUCCUCUGUCCCUCUCUUUCUCUUUUCCUCCUCCUCUCUCUCCUAUCUUUCUGUCACAGAAUGUGAAGAUGGUGAGAAGAGAGUUCAACAAGAUCUUUGAGUUAUACGAUCAGGUACGUUCCAAUAAUACAUUGUCAUUAUACACCCUCUCAAAAAAAUACGAAUCACUCUCUGUUAUGGCUUUUUGAAUGUUUCAAUGCAUCUUAAGACACAGUAUGAAUGAAGACAGAAAGUGCUUCAGAAAGUGCUAGGCUAUGCAAUUUCUACUCUCCAGGGAUGCACUCCCUCAAUCUUUCUCUCUUAUCCUCUUUAUCUAUCUCUCCUUCUCUUUCUUGCUCUCGUUCUCUCCCUAUCUAUCUACCCAUUUCUCUUCCUAUUGCCCUUAUUUGUAUGCACAAUGGAUACAGUGCCUGGCCACCCCCUGUCCCCAUCACUCUCUCUCUCUUUCUCUCGCUCUCUCUCGCUCGCUCUCUCGCUCUCCUCUCUCUCUCCCCCAUCCCCAUUUGCCCGACCCCCUCCCUCUCUUUCCUCUGGUCUCUCUCCCCCUAUAAUGUAUGACUGUCUAUGGAGCAGGUCGGCCCAUUCCUUCUCUCCGGUGGCAGCGCCUGUGAUCCAUAUUGACUGGCAGGUUCAUGUUGCGCAGGAAGGCAGGAAGGCGGGCAGACAGGGCAAACAGGGCAAACAGGCAGGGAGGCUGACAGGCAAACAGACAGGGAGGUGGGCAGACAGACAGACAGACAGACAGACAGACAGGCAGGCAGGCAGGCAGGCAGGCAGGCAGGCAGGCAGGCAGGCAGGCAGGACAGACAAGGAGCAGACAGGCAAGGAGGCAGGUAGGCAGGGAGGCGGGAGGGAGGAGUGCUGGGCCUGGCUGAUAUGUGACAUCCAGGCAGGUAAUUGAGGCAGCAAAUGACAACACAUUCAUUAGUUUGCCAGUAGAGCAUUACAGGACAAUUCAUCUGAGUGGCUGGCUGGCUGAUCAUGCUUUUCCAUUUGUUUUAGUCUUCGACCAUAGAACCUGGUUUAAAGAUUUAGAAUGCCAGAAGUGCCAUGUUGGCACCUACUGUUCCACAUGGUUACUGAUGAUGGCGCUCUUGUUGCCAACACAGAUGAUUGAUUGCUAGACUCUAUGGUACAGAAUGUCUAUUGCUCUGAAUGGAGUUGGUCACACACAGAACUCCCCUAAAGUGGAUAGGGAUAUCCUUGUAAGGUAUUAAUUUACACAUUAGCACAGAACUACAGGGCAUAAGCAGUGGAGGGGUAGGGAUAGAAAUCCUAAGAGGUGGGGUUUCAAAGUAUCAGGCAAUUGGUUGGUCUAGGCAGGGAGUUGUUCAGGGGGCAGAGCAGCGAACAGUUUUGACUGGGCUGAGCGGGAACUGUGCUUCCGCAGAGGUAGGGGAGCCAGCAGGCCAGAGGUGGAUGAACGCAAUGCCCUCGUUUGGGUGUAGGGACUGAUCAGAGCCUGAAGGUACGGAGGUGCCGUUCCCCUCACAGCUCCGUAGGCAAGCACCAUGGUCUUGUAGCAGAUGCGAGCUUCAACUGGAAGCCAGUGGAGUGUGCGGAGGAGCGGGGUGACGUGAGAGAACUUGGGAAGGUUGAACACCAGACGGGCUGCGGCAUUCUGGAUGAGUUGUAGGGGUUCCGUCUUGCCAAGGUUCAGCUUGAGGUGGUGAUCCGUCAUCCAUACUGAUAUGUCUGCCAGACAUGCAGAGAUGCGAUUCGCCACCUGGUUAUCAGAAGGGGGAAAGGAGAAGAUUAGUUGUGUGUCGUCUGCGUAGCAAUGAUAGGAGAGGCCAUGUGAGGAUAUGACAGAGCCAAGUGACUUGGUGUAUAGCGAGAAUAGGAGAGGGCCUAGAACUGCCUGGGAUACAGUGAGGCACGUGGGCGAGCAGUUCUCGCACGGUCAGGUGGACGCAAUCCAAGAGUGAGCGGCCGGAGAUCCCAGUGAGAGGGUGGAGAGGAGGAUCUGAUGGUUCACAUUCAAAAGCAGGUCUAGAAGGACAAGGCAGAGGAGAGAGAGUUAGCUUUCCUGCGGAGAGCCUCCUGACACAGAGAAGGGCAGUCUCAGUGAUGAGCUAACCGAUCAUCUAAGGAGACAGCAGAGAGUGGAAAGACGGCACCAAUAGUAUCAGCGAUGUGGUUAAAUAUAAGCCAGUACAUAGAUUACCAAAAACAAACAGUUCAAAUUCAUGAAUAGAAAAUAUGAGCAAAUAUCAGAAGGGCCCAUGAACAGGCUGUUCAAAUAUACACAUCUGUUCAUUAUGCCUAUUGUUUUGUUUGUUUACUGAGAUCAGGCUUGUGAGAUGUAGUGUGGCAUCAUGUUGACACUGCAUACCAAACAACCCAAAGGCGGGCUGAAAGAAAGGUGUGGGGGGGAAAGGGGGAAGGUGGGUGUAUAGCGAUGUCUGGAUAGAUGGGGAGGGACUGGAUAUCAUAUAUCUCGAUCGGAUAUAUACUCUCUCUUCUUACAUCCUCUCCUCCUCGCUCUCUCUCUCUCUCUCUAUCUCUCUCUCCUCUCCUCUCUCUCUCUCUCUUCUCUCUCUCUCUCUUCUAUUCUUCUUCUCUCUGUUUCUCUUCUCUCUCUCUCUUUCUCUCUCGCUCUCUCUCUCAGGAUGAGAAUGGCUACAUGGAUGAGAAUGAGCUGGAUGCCCUCCUCAAAGACUUGUGUGAGAAGAACAAGAAGGUGGGUUUCCAUUCCGAUUAAUUGAUGGAGAAGAACGGAGACUAAGCCUUAACCCACGAUAAUCGAGAACUGGCAGUUUCAUUGUUUUUAUUUAGGCGAUGUCUGAGGUGUAACUGUGUUGGAGCUGUCAAAUCAGCAAGCGGCUCCCGGAGUUAUACCUAUCGCGGACAUUGCCAUUGGAUGCGCCGAGUCGCAUUAGUAAUAAACCCAUGCAGCCUUGUUACAAGUUCAAACACUGGAAUGUGUGCAUUAAUAUACACCUCCAUUAGGCUGAUAUAAAUCCUUAUUAUGUAGUAGAAUGAUUUUCAAUUUGAGCGUCAUUAUUUCUGUAUAGCCUACACUUUCUCGUUCUGUAUUUCUAACGCGAGUGGGACGGGUGUGGCUUUGUGACAAUGACCACACGACAGCCGCUCACAGAUUUGAUACUGUAGCUCUAAUGCAGUUACACCUCAGACACCGCCAAAACACCAGCUAUGCGGGUGGCAGCUAUUGCUGGUUAACACUUGAUCUGAUUGAAUCUAGGCCUGAACAGUCCAAACAAAUCUUAUUUUUUCUUCAUUCAUCUUGACACUUCAAAUAUCACAGAGGCCCUCGUUUGUUGCCAGUGGUGAUUUGAUUGGCCUGAGGACAAUCACAAUACUUCUUCAAACAAACUCAUAAGAGCAUGCUUAGAACUGGACAGAUAUCCAAUAUCUCUCUCUCUCUCUCUCUCUCUCUCUCUCUCUGCAUGUAGCGCCUACUCCUCUUUUUUUUGUGUAAAUAUUUUGUGAUAUGUUUAUGAGCUAAGCUUUGGGCCAGCGACCAUCUCAAAGCCACGGGGGAUUUUGAAAUGAAAAAGUAGGGUCAAUGUCAAAUCUGUAAAAGUCGAAAGUUGAAAAUGACAGUUGGAUGUCUGCGUCUGUUUCUCGUCUCCGACAGGUGCUGGAAGUCAGCAAAAUCCCCACAUAUAAGACGGCCAUUAUGGCGCUAUCAGACGGCGGCAAGCUGUACAGGACGGAGCUAGCGCUUGUGCUCUGUGCUGAGGACAUUUCAGCCCCUGCCCCCUUAUAAACCAUUCCCCUUUCCCCUUAACCACACCCCCUCCAUCCCCUUCCAACCCGCCUCCCUUCCCCUCACUCGUGACGUGUGUAAAGAUAAUGUAGCUUGGAACUCCAAGGAUGUAGGGUGUAUUUUUGUUUCAGUUUUGCUUUUCUUUCAAGAAAUCUGUCAAUUUGCCAGCGACAGUGUGUGCAUAGCUAGGGCACAUUAUCAAAGACAUAGGGUGGCACAUACUUUUCAAACCUGUUGUUUCUAUACUGUUUGUAAAUGUACAGAUUUUUGUAACAAUGAGAUUGAUACCACCAUUGAAAGUCCCUGUACUUUGUCCUCUCUAUGCUAUAUAAUCCAAGACUGUAGCCUCUCAUUGGCUGAAAGAGAGGGUGUGUCCCCUACUGACCAAUGACAACAAUGUUUACCAUAUUGUCAAUUAAUAGCUCUACACCAAGUAGUCCAACUACUAGUAACAAUAACUUAUUCUAUUAGAAUUAUAUCCCUCCAGUAGCCUAAGCAAUAUGUUACUAAAAUGUUUCUGUAAUGUGGUGCAUGGAAACGAAAAAUAAGGAAAUAGCGGAAGAACAGUUCCGUGAUGAGACAAUUUUAAGCUAUAUCGUUUUGCAGUGCAUGUUAGUUGCUGAAAGCUAGCUUUGUGGAGGUACUACUGAAUGGACAAGCACAUAUCUCGGAGCUGUGUAGCCUAACCCCCGUGACCCCUGACCUGCCCUGUGUAUAACGAUGGUGCCAGUCUCUGAUGUGCUACAUGGACCUUUUUUUGCACUGUAAACAAUGCCAUGCCCCACCAAGCUGGGCACCAGAAACACUGUGUAAGAUGUAAUAAAAACUCAAUUCAACAACUACCUAACA